CAUUUUCUGAAGGAGGACUCGGAUGACUCUGAAGUAGAAUGGAUAAUGAAAGAGUCUGCCAAUGAGAAAUACCCUGUGUGUGUUAUCCAAGGGAAUUCUCCAAUAAAUGUAAUAUACCAAGAAAACAUAGAGAACAAACCUGGAUUGGGAAUAUCAGAACAGUUGAGUUCAAGUUCACCAGGAACAUCAGAUGUAGAAAAAGAGCAGUUCUGGAAACAGCCAUUCAGAGUUCAGCAGGGUGAUGGCCUUCUUGUUGCUGUUGAGUCGAUGUCACAGAACUCCACAUCCAGACCAAAGAGUCCCUGGGGAAAAUUGGACCCGUACGACUCAUCUGAGGACCAGGAGAAAGAGUAUGUCGGUUUUGCAACAUUACCCAGCCAGGUUCAUCGCAAGUCCGUCAAGAAAGGGUUUGAUUUCACACUGUUGGUGGCAGGAGAAUCGGGUCUUGGGAAAUCAACGCUGGUCAACAGCCUUUUCCUCACGGACUUGUACAAGGAGAAGGAUUUCCUCAACACAGAAGAGAGGAUUACCCAGACAGUUGAGAUCACCAAACAUUCGGUAGAAAUUGAGGAGAAAGGGAUCCGACUUCGGCUCACAAUUGUGGACACACCAGGAUUUGGUGAUGCGGUCAAUAACCAGGAAUGCUGGAAACCAGUUGCAGAUUACCUGGACCAACAGUUUGAGCAAUACUUUCGUGAUGAGAGUGGCCUGAACAGGAAAAACAUUGUAGACAAUCGAGUUCACUGCUGCCUUUACUUCAUCUCUCCUUUUGGACAUGGGUUACGCCCAUUGGAUGUGGAAUUUAUGAAAGCUGUGCACGAGAAGGUGAACAUUGUUCCGAUCCUUGCCAAAGCUGACACACUGACUCCUGCAGAGGUUAACAAAAUGAAAGCAAAGAUCCGUGAAGAAAUUAAAUCCUAUGGGAUCAAAAUCUAUCAAUUCCCUGACUGCGACUCUGAUGAGGAUGAGGAAUUUAAACGGCAAGAUCAGGAAUUGAAGGACAGCAUCCCAUUCACUGUGAUUGGUAGCAACACUGUGGUUGAAGCCAAAGGAAGGAGAGUUCGAGGACGACUGUAUCCCUGGGGAAUCGUAGAAGUGGAGAAUCCAGCUCACUGUGACUUUGUGAAGUUACGAAACAUGCUGAUCCGAACACACAUGCAGGACCUGAAAGAUGUGACACGUGAUGUGCACUAUGAAAACUACCGAGCACAGUGCAUCCAGAGCAUGACCAGGAUGGUAGUGAAAGAGAGGAACAGGAACAAACUUACCAGGGAGAGUGGCACAGAUUUCCCAAUUCCCAUUGUAUCAGGUCUGACGGAUAAUGAGACAGAGAAAAUAAUCCGGGAGAAGGAUGAGGAGUUGCGGCGAAUGCAAGAAAUGCUGCAGAAGAUUCAGCAACAAAUGCAUGGGCAGAAUCCCGAAGGAUUGUAGCACGUGGAGCUUGCCGUUUGCUUCAGGGAUUCGAGGUGUUUACAGGGUUCAUCCCUGCCUGAGGGUAGGGAGACUGUUCCUACACGCAAAGCUUUGGACUUGGAGCUCCGUCUGUCUCAAUAAUUAACUUCAAUAUUUAACAUCCCACCUAGCACUGGGAGGAAAUUCAUCCAAUUUAUUAGUCCCACUAAUUUAAAGCACUUAAAACAGUAGGAAACCAACUUAGGUUAAUAGCUGCAAUAAAUGUUGGGUGUUGUGCUAAAUUUGAGGUAUUUUCAACAUGCUUUAAUUAUCCCAUUUUGCUUUAUUGAAAGUAGGCUUGAUCUUUCUUUUCCCAGACUUUAAUAGCUAUGAUCUAUCCUGAUGGUAAAAUAAUUGAUUUUACUGCUAUUAUCUUCAUAGGGUUUCUAAUGUGGCUAGACUUAUAAAACUGCAUCAGUAUGAAUAUUUGUGGUCAGUGUUUAAGUCAUGGAUAGUAUCCAGCAGAGAUUUCCACAACAUUUUGACAGCACAAGCUUUCUAUUCGUCGCUUUAAACUUCAGAUUAAAGCUGAGGCACUUGUAACGUCAGAAUCUCAUCCUUGCAUCUUUUAGAACUUGCUGGAUGGCAACUUUACUGGAAGGUCUGAAGCACUGAGAUCCAGGGAACAAGAACAAAUGGGAGAGGUCACUGAAAUACAAAGCAAAGCAUUUGAAAUUCAGGUGAAACUCGCUGGAAAUAUGAAAAAGCACCAAAAUCACACCAGGCUAUUAAUACUUAAAAGAAACAUAUGCAGCAGGUCAGGCAGCAUCAGUGGAGACAAACAUGUCACUGACCUUAUCAGGACAUUAAUAUUGGAAGCCAUGCAAGAACAUUGAGCAAGGUAGCAAACAACUUAAUGCUCCCCUUAAAACCGAUUUUUAUUUUGAGAUGUUAAAAAUUAUGUACUGUAAAAGUCACUUAUUAAUAUUUAAAAUUGAGUACCUAUUAUCUAAACUUAAGUUAUUAAAAAUGUACACAAACCUCAUGGGUUGCAGUCAGGUCCUUCAGGUGGACUGUGGACUCUCCUAGCGCCAGACUCAAAUACCGUGCUCCUUUUGAAGAGAAGUAAUGAGGUUGGGGUAGCCCACUGCUCAGUGGGCAAGUUGGAUCACCUGGUGUGAUCCCCACCCACACAGGUUUGGGCCCUGGACUCUUACCAGGUUUUCUACUCUCGGUCAGGGCAGUGGUGAGGGGGUCCAAGAAUGACGCUUGGAUCAGGAGAAUUGAGCCAAGGUUUCAUUGCUUUCUACUGCUGGGUACUUUGUGGUGGUGGGGGGGGGGGGGUGGGAGGUGGAGGCGCGCAGGGGUGGGGGACAGGGAUUCAGCCAGGUUUACAUGUGUUAUUCCCAACUUCAAUCUAACCCCCCAGUGGUAUCUAUAAAGAAUGGCCAUUUAGGUUAAGUGAUGGAGAGCAGCAAUGGCCUAUGAAACAGUACUCCAGCAUAUGCUACUAAUGCAAGGAGAAUGACAUAGAAACAAAAAAACAGAAAAUAAAACCUCCAAACUAAAGUCCACUGUUUCUAAAGGUUCUCUGAAUGAAAUGAUUGUUGGGUGGUAGAUAUUUUCACAACCAAGCACGAACCAGUCAUUAGCUCCAUGUGUUUAGGUACUGUGUUUUCCCAAUUCAGUGAGACUGCUCUCUGGUAAAUUGCUACAAUUUGAAUAAAUACAGCUAUUA